UUUGCCCCUUGGCUAGUCUGAAACUUUCAACGGAUUCACAUUCGAUUAAACAUUAAACCCACCUGAUACCUAUCUAUAUAUAUAUAUAGCAGUAGUAUUUCUCAUCAUCGAUCCCUGCUCAAAUGUGUAAACUGACAUAAACGGCAAGUCAAAAAGGAAGUGGAAAAUGGAGAAGAAUUACAACCUAACAAAAAAGUUCUUGUGCACUUUUCUCUCCCUCGUUUCCUCCAUUUCCUUGGUGCAACCAACUUCAGCUGCCACAACCCCGUCAGCCUACACAAACUUCGUGAAAACCAGAUGCAGCGCCACGACCUAUCCUGCAGUUUGCAUCAGAACCCUUUAUCCCUACGCCUCUUACGUCCAAACCAACCCCUUAAAGCUGUGUAAGACGGCCCUCAGCGUAGCCAUACAAGGCGCCAGCAACACAACCGCCAAAGUUUCAAAGCUGGCCUCUCGGAAAGGGUACUAUUCGCGCAUGGAAGCCGCAGCCCUCAAAGACUGCAUGUAUGAUGUGAAAGAUGCGAUUUCUGAGCUCAAGCAGGCUCUUAGUGCAAUGACACGUCUUGGAGGUGCCGACCGGCAGUUCCAAUGGGCUAAUGCCAAGACUUGGGGUAGCGCUGCCAUAACGGAUCUGGAGUCAUGCCUGGAUGGAUUUACUGGGAGAAAAAUUAGUCCUGCCCUCAGGGCAAAUAUCAAAAGUUUCGUAUUACCUCCACAAAAGCUUAUAAGCAAUGCUCUAUACCUAAUCAACCAUCUUUACUAGCAGUGAUUGAACUGCUUCUGUCUGUCGCAGUAAAUUGUUUGUCUGGAAUUAAUUUCUGGAUGGCUUUCACUUUUCACACAAUCUGCACUUCAUUUUGGUAGCACUAACAGCACUAUCAACAUGCACGCGACAAUUGUAAUUUAUGAAAUUCCAUAGGCAUGAUGGUAUUAUAAAUAAUAACAGUGGAGCUUAUGCCUCAUUUUUUUUUCCAAGUACGAGUGAUUCAAUCGUACACUUCUCAGUCUUUGUUGCUGCUUUAUUAUAUAGUCUAGUACAAAAUCUGCAAUACAUAUAGCUGAUCGAGAGUGCAGCCAACAUUGGCUCCCAACUGGUAGACUAGGGAAUUUGGUCUGGUGGAUAGGUUUUUGCCCAUUGCCGAUACGUACAUUUCCCAAAAAAGUGCUAUAGUUAGGAAUACUAGCCAACUUACAGAACCCAAAUUACAAAUUUGUAAGUUGGGAAGCUUAAAUGUCCAAGACUACAAUCUUGUUGGCCGUGGAAGCGUUGUUUGCUAAAUCCCUAACUUGUUGCAAGACCGGGUGUUGACGACUUACCAACGACUUGUAGCAAGCUUCCUCUUGAUUUGUGGCUAAAUCCAAUACAAAGUCUGCACAUUUUUCUUAUGCCAUCAUAUCCCUCAGCAGCUUUCAGUUUUGAACAUUUCUACAAACUCGUGCGGAACUUUUAAUUGCUGGAGAGUUUCUACGCUGUCACUCAUCUUACCCACGCAGUCCAACGAUGCAAUUUGCUGUUCUGGCCUCCAAACCCCUGACCCGCUGCUUUUGUCAUGAAGUUCCUGGCCUUGGACAAGGACUUUGACAGGACUUUUCGGUACCAUUCCAGCGAAUCAAAUUAAUGCAGGAAUCAACAUCGUGGGCUUUCUUGCAUAAGGCCUCUAGAUUCCCUUGUGCAGCAUCUGGGGAAGUUGCAGCUGGGGCAGCUGCCACCGCGACAUAUGUUGCAGAAAGGAACAGGAAUAGUGAUCAUGAAAGGGCGCCGCCUCUGGCCCUGUUUAAUAGUAAUUCCCUUAUGAAUAUGAUGGCACUUUCAAUAAUAAUAAUGGAAUUGUUUGGACAGAGUAUUAUUUGAAAUAUUAGUUGGAAUAAUUAUUGUAGUUUUUUU